AUGUGGACGGGUGAAGGUUGGAAGUGUGCCGAUUGCCGAAGCGCUGACUACCACCGUGUGUCCCAGCCUGUGCGACAUGAGACUGAGGACGGCGUUUGGGUUUUCAUGCCACGGCAGAGUUCGGCCUCGCAAGCAUUGCAUCCUCCGGAUGAUGUUCACUUCGAGCACCCGUCGAGAGAGCAGUUUGUUGACGGCCAUUUAGGUUUUGGACCUUCGAAGCCCCCUUCAAGUCUUCCAGAAGGACGCGAGCGCGGAGAGUCUGAAGCCGGCACUGAGGAUCCGAUUGUUGACCCUGACACUUUGUCUCCACAAGGUGCCCAGCGCCGUCGGAAUCGUAGAUCCAGGAAACGAGCCCAAUACAAUGCAGCAGCAGUUGAUGAUGCAACAACAGCAGCAGUUGGUGGUACAGGCAUUGACAUUGAGCAACAGCUGCCGUCACAGGAGCAAUUACCAACAGGACAAUCAGCUGGGUUGACACGUUCGAUCAACAACCUGGUCCGAGCAUUGCAGAAUGUUGUUGACUCCAAAGGAAGCGAUCACUCGGAUUCCAAGAGCUGGAACUCAAGGUUGGGUCCUAAGCGCGGUGUGAAGUACCGUUCAGGUGCACCACCCAAUCCUCCAGCAUGGCGGUAUUCCCGAGAUGAUUUGAGGAGCUUCCCAAAGUGGCAAAGGAAGUUGGCAAUUUGGAAGAAGCAGAUCCUUGGCUUCAUGAGUCGGCGUGAUGCCGCAUUGUUCCUCUACAGCUCAUUGACCGGAGAAGCUGAAGAGGAACUGGAGCAUUGUGAUUUGGAGCGUUUGGAUCAGUCGGAUGGUAUUGAGUACAUUGAGCAGACAUUGCAAUCAGGUUUGGCCACCAAGUUGGUAUACCAGAAACGCAAGCUCAUGGCUGAUUACGAAAGCAUUGUUCGACAGCCCUCGGAAUCACUACGAGCUUUUGCAAACAGGUAUCGACGAGCUGAACAAGCAUUGCAAUCGGUCUCAGUCGAUGUUCGAGGAAUGUAUGACGAAGAGAGCCGGGGCAACAGGUUGUUGGAACGCAGUCGGCUAUCCCCGGAGAACCAGAGGUUGGUUUUGAUUGGAAGUGGUUACAAUUUGUCGUACAGCUCAAUUUGUGAGUCAUUGUGCAUGUCCUUCCCCGAGCACAAGCCACCUGCACAGUUGUUUGGCAAAGAUGGACAACCCAUCAAGUCCCGACAGUUUGGAAGUCAAGGUUCAUCAGCUUCCUCGUCAUCCGCAUCCACCACGACCUCAUCGAGUUUCACGAAGGGCAAAGGAAAGGGCAAAGGUAAGGCCAAGCAUGCCUUUGUCACUGCACACGAUGAUGCAGCAGCCCUUCAUUCCAUCGCUGAAGACGGCGAUGAUGAAGAAGAGUUGAUUCCUGACCAAGAUGGUCAAGAGUUGGCAGAUGAGGAGAUGUUUGAGGAUCCUGAGGACCCAGAAGAACCUCAGGAGUUGGAAGAUGCAGAUCCCGAGUCAUUGGCACAGGUCCUCACCGUGACCGCUCGAAAGUUGCAGUCGAUGACAUUGGGCAGAAGAUUCAGUGGCACCAAAUCCAUCGAAGAGCGCAAGAAGACCUCGACAUGUUCCGCCUGUGGCCUCCAAGGGCAUUGGGCAGGGGAUGCUGAAGGUGCAGCAAGUCGAAAAGGCAGAGGUGAUUCCAAAGGAAUUGGCAAGAAAGGAAAGCCUUCACCAAUGCCUUCGUCCUCGCAGUCGAAAAAGGUGCUCUUCUCCACGGUCUACCGGGACGAUGGUUCAACCACACACAAUUCAGUACCACCACAGGUUGAGCAACCACCGUUCUUCACCUUUGUCACCUUUUGCAGUGCAUUUGAGGUUUUGUUGAACAAUGAUGCAUUGGCAGGGUUGGCUGGGUUGAUGAUCAUUGAUACCGCAUGCCAGCGUAUGUGUUGUGGUCAGUCGUGGUUGCACUCCCAUCAACAACUCCUUGCACAGCGCCGCCUUUGUUGCAAGACGAUCACUGCGCCCGAGGCUUUCCAAUUUGGAGCUGGAGAUCCGAUCACCGCCAAGGACCGAGUUUACAUUCCUGUUUGUUUGGACGGUCAUUAUAUGUUGGUUGGAGCAAGCUCUGUUGCAGCAAACAUUCCAUUGUUGGCUUCAAACACGUUUUUGGAAAGCAUGCAUGCAGUCAUUGAUUGUGCCUCAUCCACAAUUCAGUUCAAAGCAAUAGAUGUGAGCAUGCAGUUGAAGAAGGUUAAUGGAAAUUUGGCAGUUUGCAUUGCUGAUUUUCGUUCACGUGUGCAUGAAUUGGAUGUUUGGAAACAGUUGUCGCAUGAGAAGUUUUGGCACGACCCUCAUCCUGAAGUGAUCUCAUUGCACCCUCGACUUCAGCAGCACUCAAGGCCCGAAGAUUCAGCGCCUCGAUCUUCGCGCACAGAUGCCUUCAGCUCCUCCCCGAUGGAUUCAGGCAUGGAGGAGGAUUGUCCAAUUUCUCAUGAGCAUCGAGUUCACCACCUUCAAGUGGAUGUCAAAGAUGGUCAAACUGGGCAUGGAACGUCGCUGUUGGCUCACACUUCGCGAGACCAAUCAGCAGAGGGAGCUCGAUACGCUCAUGGCCAAGAUGAAGAGAGAGCCCCUCAAGAUGCCCACGGAUUGCAGCCAUCCAGAAUGGAAACGGCGCGGCAACAAGCACGGGUCGUUUGCGACGUGCACACUGUGCCAUUGCCGAGUGAAGUGGAUUCCGGAAAAGCAGGCAUGGGAGGCAUCGGCUGGUUGGUCUGUGUCUCAAAGAUCUUCUUUGCCGCAGCCUUGCGCUUUAAAUAUCUUGGAGAAGGCCUCUUCCUCCCAGCCAGCGGCAGUCGGAGCUUCGAGCAAGUGCAAGACCAGGCCCAAGCAGGAACCACCUUCACCUGUGCCUCUUCCUCCACCACCGAUCUCAACCUCUUCUCGGAUGGGUUCGAAUCGGCGUUCUCCGAACUCGGCGGCGAUCUACUCCGACCCGGGCGACGACAUCUCGGACCUGGGCAUGACAAUGAGCGUUCAGAGCGUCCGCAGUCAGGAGGAGGACGAAUACGACUGGACCUGGACAGAACACCAGAGCCGCAUGGACGAGAUGGUCAGCGGUGGAACACCAGGAUCCCCGUUUUGAAGCACUCCAAUGACACAGGACAUCGCAAGCAGCUGCUCGGCAAGAUCCGCAAAGCAAGACACGCAGCUGAGAUUGAGAAUGAUUUGUAUGAAGCUCUUGCCACCACCCAUCGAACCAAGAGAACAAGAGUUGACAUUUUGGAAACCUUUGCCGGGCGUGGCAUGAUUUCCAAAAGAGCUUCAGCGCAUGGCCUCACAGCAUGCCAGCCGAUGGACUACAACACCGGCUAUGACCUCGCUCAGGCAGAGCACCAGGCUUACAUUAGACGCUGCGUCAAACACUAUGAGCCUCUCGUUUUGAUAGAGGAGUUGCACUGCGCACCAUGGAUCCUGAUGCAAGACAAUAUCAACUACAGACAAAACCCUGAAGCAUUACAAGCACGAAGGGACCAAGAACGGCCGGUCCUACAAGAAGCCAUGGAAUGGUGCAAGAUGCAGCAUCAGGCAGGACGAUACUACCUGCUUGAGAACCCGCUCACCUCACGGCUUUGGGAUGAGCCUUCAGUCAAGUCCAUGCUCGAGGAGACCAACGGAUUCCUCAGCACCUGCCACUCAGGUGCCUACGGUGGAGUCAAUUCCAAAGGACAGCUCAUCAAGAAAGCUUUCAGAUUUGCCUCCAACAGCAAAGACCUCCUCAGCUUUUUGGACCACAAGCUCACGGCUGCAGAACUGGAGCAAUGCACACCUCUGGAGGGCAAGGAAGUUACUUUGUCGCAAGAAUACCCUCCAGGCUUGGUCACCUCCAUCUUGAGAGGAAUCAGAUAUGUGGCCAAGAUGCGCAAUCCAGCGCUCUUCCAGAUCAAGACGGUCUACGCCGCUUUCUCGCAGCCAUCGAGUGAUCAGCAAGCUUGGAAACAGGUGAUUGACCAAGCCAGACGGCUUUUUACCUCAUCCAGUACAAGCAACAUCAUGCUGGGGAAGCAUGACCUUCUCUACAGCCAGACUCAAGCCCUACUGCCAUGGGAAAUCACCAGACUUCAGCUUGCAUACCGGCCUCUUGUGCAAAGGCUCCCACAACAUGUUCCUCAUACACACCGAGGACAAGUGCUGAAAUACACCACCAGACAGGAGCUCGACAUCACAGCAGAAGACCUCUCCGACGUCCACUUCCCGAGAGGAAGAUUUUCAGCACCAGUUGAUAUCGCAGUCUUCUUCUACGGCUAUCCAAGAAAUGCUGAUGAAGAUCUUGGAGUCCCAGGCGAAGAAGCAGCAGAACGUGACCAGGAACCAGAGCCAGUUCAGGGCAGAGAGAAUCCGACCAAGGAGAUCUUCCAUGACGAGAUCACCUUCCCUGGCACACCUGGCAUUGAUAGAUCCAUCAAAGCUGCAGUCGCCAGAAUGCACAAGAACAUGGGCCACCUUCCACCAGGAGAGCUGAUCAAGCUACUCUCCUUGAACGGCGUCACCAGUGACCAGGUGAUCAAAGCCACCAAAUCCAUGCAGUGCUCUGCAUGUCUUCGGUCGAACCCCCCAGGCAGACCGAAUCCAGCCGCACCACCAAAGUAUUUGGGCCAAUUCGCAGAUCAUCUGCCAGCAGACAUUUUCUACUGCCGCGACAUCAGAUCCACCAACUACCCCAUUUUGGGAAUCAUCUGCGAAGCCACCCACUACCAUGCUGCUAUCAGGCUAGAGUCCAGAAAUCCCGAACAUGUUGCACAAGCCUUCAAGACAGCAUGGGUUCGUAACUUUGGCUUUCCGCUGAGGUUGACAGUUGAUGAUGAUGGAGCAUUCAAGUCCCACUUCCAGGAGUACUUCGACGAAGGAGGCACCUUUGUUGACUUCAUAGCAGAAAACCUCGAGUUCGAGGAUGCAGACUUCCCCACGUUGGAUGCGACUUUGACUAUGCCCGAGGUCCCACCGAUUGCAGAUGCCGCACCGUCUCAAGAGACACCUCAGGAACAUUCAGAACCACAUCCUGGGGAGAGUUCUGGGGUGCCUAACACGGAGGCGCGGUGGCUCACACCUCCGGACCCAGACUCUCUCCCAACUCAAGCUCUACCAAGUUCAGGACUGGACCCUUUGCCAGUACUUGAGGCAUCUGACAUGGUGGAUCUCACGGGCGAAGAUGACCAACCAGGUAGGAAUCUUGAAGAGAUUGUCCCUACUACACCACCAGAGCUCGCUGAGCCCACAGAACCGCUGCCAGUGCUUCCGGCCAAACGGCCAUUCGAUGCAUUGGUGAUGGAUGUGAAGGCUCGCAGAGUCACGAAUUCAUCCUUUGAGCUCUUCAACUACCAGAGCAAGUUUGCGCGCCCUCCUAUGAGUCAUGUGAAAUGGCGGAGGACCAUCGAUGCAAAUUCCAAUGAAAUCAUCUUCGAAGGAGUCUUCAAUCCCGACAACGAAGAUGAAGAGAAGCACAACUUCGAUGGCCCCAUGAAUACCAUCACCGAGCUAUGGUACUCCAAGCCAUCCCGCAACACCCAGGCCUUCAGAGCUUUUGAUGACGCACUUGAAGAGAUUGAGCCUGGCUGGGAUGGAUCAGAAGACACUCCACUGCCACCAUCCAAGCACUACUACAAGGUCUAUGCGACCAAGUUGGCCAAGUCAGUUGAUGAUCACUUCAGAAAAGACAGCCGUCGAAAGGAGCUUCACUAUCGCGACAUCUUGUCACAAAGUGAAGAGUACAUCCAGGAGUUCAUCAGCUCAGCUCAAAAAGAAGAAGCAAGCUUCAUGGAGUGGAAAUCUCUUAAGCCUGUUCCACCCGCAGAAGCUCAGGAGAUCCUACGAGAUCCUCAGAAGCGCAAGCGUGUGAUCACCAGUCGCGCUUGCUACCGAGACAAGAACAAAGGAGUGCCUCCGCUCAAGGCAAAGACAAGAAUCGUUGCCAGAGGAAACCAAGACCCAGAUUUGAAGUCGCUCACCCGACAGGCAGCAACGCCAAGCAGAAUCUCAGAGAUGCUGACCUAUGCCAUCUUCCUGAGCGGACUUCAUGGAAAAGCCUUUGGCUCCACCAGGACUUGGAAGAUGCGGGCAGGUGAUGCAACCACAACGUUCCUACAGGGAGCUCAAGACCUGUCCGAACGAGCUGGAAAGCUUUACCUUCGCGCCCCGAAGGAUCCCAUCCUGCUCAAAGCCAAGGUGUUCACCAGUGAUCUUUACGAGAUCACAGGAAAUGUGUGCGGCCUCUCGAACGCGCCGUACACCUGGGCAAAAGAAGUGACGGACAGACUUCAGCGGCUAGGCUUCAGGAUCCACUCCUUCGACAGAAUGAUGUGUUACUUCCCGGAUCCUGUCAAUCCACCUUCGCCAGCUGCAGUUCUUAUCUGUUAUGUUGAUGAUUUUCUCAUCACCUUCAACGAUUCCUUCCCCUUUGACAAGUUUACAGCUGCCUUUAAGUGGGGGGCACAGCAGUUUCUGGAGAUUGGACAUCCCUUAGUGUUCAAGGGAAAGGAGCUGCACCUUGAGCAGACCGGUGGCAUCCAGACUCUCCGCAUCGUUCAGGAGACCUUCAUUGAGAGUUUGGAGCAGGGCCACACCAGUCGAAAGAACAAAAAGACUGACAUCCUUGCAGCAGAGCAUUGGCCAGAGUUCAGGUCGAUCAGUGGUUGUUUGCAAUGGCUUGCAGGGCAAAGCAGGUUGGACAUCAGCAGUGCAGUUUCAUUGUCCAACAGAGGACAGGAGACAACGUACGGUGACCUUGAUUGCCUGUACCAACAGCAUGUGAAGGACACCAAGGCAGUGCAAGUCAAUGGACAGGUACUGUUGUUGACGCCCGCCACCGUCACCGAGAAGGCUUGCUAUGGAGCUGUCGUCGACGGGAAAUCAUCCAGGUCUAAGCGAGUUUGCCGCUCGACGCUUGCAGCUGAAUCGGUAGCCGCCAAUACAGCAGCUGACAGGUUGGCCUACUUGCAGUACAGCCUUGGAGAGUUGGUUUUUGGAGUUCCGGCCCAUCGCAUUGGGCCAAAGUUGAGGGCAUUGUUGGCUACAGACUGCAAGAGCCUGUACGAUUCGGUGAGUUCAUCGAAUCCAACUGCUGAGGACAAGCGUUCGCUCGUCAACAUCCGCAGCAUCCAAGAAGUGGUCGAUCGUCAUACGAUCCAUUGGAUUCCAACAGGUCUUCAGAUGGUGGACUCCUUGACCAAGAUUUCGGUCGAGCUCAGGGACAAGUUCCUUGAAUGGCUCCAGAAGUCUGUCAUCCAACUGAAGGAGGCACAUGAGUGUGAAGAUUGGACGCAUUAG